AAAAGGCUCGCAAAGUAAGAAACCAGAGAGCCGUCUGUGAGAGCAAAGGUUUCAGAUUCGAAGAGGAAAAAAAGAACCCAAAAAAAAAAAAAAAAAAAAAUCAGCAAAAAAUAUGGGUGUCUUCACCUUCGUGGUGCGUAACUCCGGCGGCGAGUGGACCGGAAAACAACAUUCCGGCGAUUUGGAGGCCUCCGCACCCUCCUCCUACGAGCUCCAGAGGAAGCUGGUUCAAAGCGCCCUUUCCGCCGACUCUUCCGGUGGCGUCCAGACCUCUUACUCCCUCAUCACUCCCUCCUCUGCCGUUUUCCAGGUAAUUGUUGGUGGCGGAGGCGGUGGCGGUUUCAUUGGAGGAGGAGCUGCCGCAGCUCCUUCUGGCGGUGCAGCCCCAGCUGCUGAAGCUGCCCCAGCUGAAGAGAAGAAAGAAGAAAAGGAAGAGAGUGACGAUGAUAUGGGUUUCUCACUCUUCGAUUAGACUUUUAAAUCUCCUAGUGUUAUCUGGGUUAGAUAUUACUUUUUUGGUUUUUCUGAAUAUGACGCUUUGAUGUCUGAACUUGUGAAUUGGAUUAGAUAUGAAUAUUGGAGUUUAUUAAUUUUGUUUUGAGGAAUUUUUGUUUUAUUUGAGAAAUUAUAUUGGGAAUUCUUACUUUGUGCUUUA